AUGGAAGUAUGUUACCAGCUGCCGGUGCUGCCGCUGGACAGGCCGGUGCCGCAGCACGUCCUCAGCCGCAGAGGGGCCAUCAGCUUCAGCUCCAGCUCCGCGCUCUUCGGCUGCCCCAACCCCCGGCAGCUCUCGCAGAGACGUGGAGCAAUUUCCUAUGACAGCUCCGACCAGACUGCACUCUACAUUCGUAUGCUAGGAGAUGUGCGAGUAAGAAGUCGGGCAGGAUUUGAAACAGAGAGAAGAGGUUCUCAUCCAUACAUUGAUUUCCGUAUUUUUCACUCAAAUUCUGAAAUCGAGGUGUCUGUGUCUGCGAGAAAUGUGAGACGCUUGCUUAGCUUCCAGAGGUACCUGAGAUCUUCCCGUUUUUUCCGUGGUAUCACUGUUCCAAACUCAUCAAACAUUUUAGAUGAUGAUUAUAACGGACAAGCAAAGUGCAUGCUGGAGAAGGUUGGAAAUUGGAAUUUUGAUAUUUUUCUUUUUGAUAGACUGACAAAUGGCAACAGUCUAGUCAGCUUGACCUUUCAUCUGUUUAAUCUUCAUGGACUAAUCGAACACUUCCAGUUAGAUACGAUGAAACUCCGUCGAUUUUUGGUUAUGGUUCAAGAAGAUUAUCACAGUCAGAACCCCUAUCACAAUGCAGUCCAUGCUGCUGAUGUGACUCAGGCCAUGCACUGUUACUUAAAAGAGCCCAAGCUUUCCAGAUCUUUAACCCCAUGGGAUGUCCUGCUCAGUUUAAUAGCAGCUGCCACACAUGAUUUGGAUCACCCAGGUGUUAACCAACCCUUCCUAAUUAAAACAAACCAUUACUUAGCAACUUUAUAUAAGAAUACCUCAGUACUGGAGAACCAUCACUGGAGAUCAGCAGUGGGCUUGCUGAGAGAGUCUGGUUUAUUUGCACACAUGUCCUUGGAGAACAGGCAGCUGAUGGAAAGCCAGAUAGGAGAUCUGAUUCUUGCCACUGACAUCAGCCAGCAGAAUGAGUACUUGUCCAUGUUUCGAUCCCACCUGGACAGAGGAGACCUAUGCUUGGAGAAUGCCAACCACCGACACUUCAUCCUCCAGAUGGCUCUGAAGUGUGCUGAUAUCUGCAACCCCUGCCGGACAUGGGAGCUGAGCAAGCAGUGGAGUGAAAAAGUAACAGAGGAGUUCUUCCAUCAAGGAGACAUCGAAAAAAAAUACCACUUGGGUGUGAGUCCUCUCUGCGACCGGCAGACGGAAACCAUCGCCAACAUCCAGAUCGGCUUCAUGACGUACCUGGUGGAGCCCCUCUUCGGGGAGUGGGCACGCUUCUCCAACACGAGGCUCUCUCAGACCAUGCUGGGCCACCUGGGACUCAACAAGGCCAGCUGGAAGGGGGUGCAGCGGGAGCAGGCUGCUGGUGCUGGUGGUGGUGAUGACGUGGACCCUGCCUUCGAGGAGAUGGACUCAGACUUAUUACCUCAGGAACCUCGAUUGUCCUGA